AUGAAUUCCAUGGAUGCGGAUGGUGUUGACAACAAACACAGUAGGACGUACCAGGCAUGCAUACCAUGUCGGCGUCGCAAGGUCAGAUGCGAUCUCGGUCCAGUCGACAAUCCUCAUGACCCGCCGUGUGUUCGCUGUCGUCGCGAAGCCAAAGAAUGUUUCUUCUCGGCCACCAGGAGGAAGAAGAGAGCUGCCGACUCUGGUACUACUGGAGAUGACAUCGAGCCCAAUGAUUACGAGAUUCGAGGAGGGCGUAAGAGAUUGAAGGAAGGUGUCGCUGAAUCGGUCGACUCGGAUGCUCACAGUGUGCAUUCACCUGCGCCUGUGACCGUCAAUGCACCCUACAUACCGCGACCUCUGACGCCUGGAGGUUCUAUGGGCCGUCAACAACCUCUACGUCGACCACACUCCACAUCACAAACGCCGUACCCACAUGAUGAAGCCGACGAUCAUGUCAAUAGCCAUACAGCAGCUCUCCUGCAGACUGCAGAACUACACAACGGUCACGACGCCUUGAAUGUACUGAUCGAAGCUGCUACAGCCAACCAUCGUACCACCGGAAGUGCUAGUGAUGCUCAUAAGUAUGCCUCGUCUUUACCUAGUCCGGCUGAACUGCCAAUGCCUUCGACUUCGAAACCGCUGCCUCCAGACUCUGCCAUUGAUCCUGCCAUCAUGCAGCAGCCACCUUCCACUGCUCGCCCAUCAUCGUCGGCAGACUAUGCCUCGGCCUAUGCGGCAUGGUCACGCUUCCGCUUUAUACGCAACGGCUGGUUCACAAUCAAAGAAGGCAUGGACUAUAUUGAGUACUUUUAUACAUACAUGUCUCCUCUGACACCCAUCGCCUUGCCGGAUUAUCGCGGUCCCGACAAACAUGCAGCGUUGCUCGAGAACGAACCCAUGCUUGCCGUCACCAUGCUCAUGAUUGCCUCGCGAUAUAUGACCUUAUCCGGACCUGGCGCACAGAGUCGCUCGCAUAGUAUACACUCUAGGCUAUGGCCCUUUGUACAGCGAAUGAUUGAUCGUAUAGUCUGGGGUCGCGAGCUGUCUGGAACUACGCUUCACCCUGAUGAAACACAGCCUGGUUGCGACGUGAAUCCCUUGUCGAGAAAGGGUCUCUUGACUUUGGGUACAGUGGAGAGUCUGCUGCUGUUGACUGAGUGGCAUCCGAGGAUGAUGCACUUCCCCGCGGAUGAGGAUGAUACUCAACUCAUGGCUCCUGUGGAUCCUAUGGCCUCGAUCAACGAGAAGCCUUGUUUCAGAAGUGAUCGCAUGUGUUGGAUUCUUCUCAACAUGGCCAUGACGGUAGCCUCACAGAUUGGAGUCUUUGACCCAGACUGUUCCAGACAUCUUCAAACCAUUCCUCCAGACCAACAGGAAAUCUAUCAGCGAAGACGGCUCCAUGUCAAAAGUGUAAUUCUCGGAUAUAUUACGCAAACCAGUGGACGUAUGGGUGUCACGGCUAUGCUGCCUCAAGGAUAUGCCGAGCCGUCUUUGAGCGAACUGUAUAACCCGAAACGAUCGAGCUUUAAGGACACCAAGGACAUUGUUCUUCAUUUCUGGCUGCGUCUGGCUACAUUGGUCAAGAUCAACAAUGAAGAGCUUUACGCCAACCGACAACAGACUCGCGAUAUCAUCAAGACUGGAAAGUACAGAGAACUCUUACAAAGGAUCAAGCCUUCGUUGGUGCAAUGGCGUAGAGAGUUUGAGGCUUACAGAAAUAUUCCAAUCUUACUUCGGCAUGUCCUGAUCAUCGAGUAUGAGCACACGCGAGUCAUUCUGCAUCAACUCGCCCUCCAAGCUGUAGUCGAGAGAUGCGCAAACAACAAUACCGGUGCUGCAGGCAAGAUCAUCCCUCCAAACGUGCUCGACCAAUGGUUUGGCAGUGACAGACAACACGUCGACGAGGUAAUGCAAGCAUGCCGUAACGUCCUUCGCGUUGUCGUCGAUGGACUUGCUCCCGGCGGCUAUCUCAAGCACGCACCUGUCCGCACAUUCUUCCGCAUCGUCUCUGUGACCCUCGUUCUUGUCAAGACUUUUGCAUUCGGAGCCUUUGAAAACGAAAUGGCACUUUCCCUCAACCUCAUGGACCGCACCGUCGAAGUAAUGAGAAACCACGUCGUCGAUGACGUUCACCUCAGCAAUCGCUUCUCAAAUUUCCUAGAAGUGAUAACGAAUCGCUUACGUCCCAUGAUUGUACGCAUGUCCAGAACAUCAGGAAGUGGAAAUGCAACUACAAGUCGCGUUUCCUCUCAUCCUGCUAGUCCUGGUUCCCAGCAUCAGAACAGGAGUACAGAGCACAUGCCCGCCUACCCCGUAAACCCCUACGACACUUGCACCGCCAACGCAGAAGGAAAUGGUGCCAAUGCACUCUACGGCAUCAGCACACAAACCUACAAUCUAAGUGACAAGGACAAUACAUUUUCCAUCAUGCCGCCACCCGCACAACCACCCUCUCCAUCAUCCUCUGUACUGCAACAGAGUUAUCCCAUGGCAGAUGGCAAUUUCGACUAUGCGGCUUUUGGCUCUGCGUUUGGUCAGGAAGAUGGCUAUGAUUGGUUGGCUUUGCCUUUGGAUCCGAUCUUACAGGCGGGUGGCGGGGAUGUUACUGCUAAUUCUUUUGGACCGGGGAUUGGGGAUUUUGACAUGUUGGAGGUUUUGUUGGGGGGUGGGGGUGGGCAAGGGGGUGGGAUGAUGGGGGGUGGACAUGGACAUGGACAUCUUUGA